CUCAUGUGGGUGGCCCCUCUGCAGGGUUCUCAGGCACCCAGGGAAGUGGGUGCCAUGGCCUCACUGGGGCUGGCUGGGCUUUGCUCUGACAACACAGCAGUGGCUAGGCCCCUGCAGCUCUCCGGGGCUCGGUGUCCCUGUUGGCCGCACUAUGGCGUAGGCCCCGGUGUGGACACCGAUGAGCUGACCACAAAUACCACUCGGCCGCUCCCCCAGGCUUCAGUGACCCAAGAGCCCUUGUGUGAAGAACCAGCUUAAAGAAUCUUUCUUGCCUUCUCAAACUCUCCAGGAAUUCCUGGUGACUGGAAGGGGAGUGACACGGGUCCUCAACCUCUAGCAGGUAAGGGGGCUGCCUCCUGGGUGGGUGUGCCCAGUUCCUCAGCGGGCCCAGCGCGGCCCAGCCUCCGAGGAAGCUCCGAGCAGCUGGCUUAGCUCCGAGGUAUUUUUAGCUACAGAUCCAGCUCCCUCCAUCACCACAACAGUCGAGUCCAAAUCAAACACAUUCCAGGCAGGUGGGACUGGGGUUCUGCCAGUCUCCUGGCCAGCAGGGGUGGGUAGGCAGACUGGGGCCAGUAUCGGCUGUUCUGCCUGGGCCCAGGCCGGGCUGGGAAGGCACAGUUGUUCUCAUUUCCCGCCUCCACUUUCGUGCCAGCUUGUGCUGUCAUAAGCAGAGAUUCGCAGCCCCAUUUCUUGGAUGGAAAAAGUGGACACUGAGGUCUGAGGCUUUUGAGGACAGUCAGGAGCCCCCCUUUGGGCUCGAGUGAUGCACUCACCAGCUUCUGGUCCUCUUCCUCUACCACCUGGAGUGCCUUGGCUACCUCCUGUGGUCCUAGGGAACCUCGGCCCCAGCCCUGCCUCCCCAGCCAGUCACAGCUCCUCCCUGGUCACCCUGGGGACCUCAGGGCCCGGCUGGUGGCUGUGCUCCUCUCCUUCUGUCCCCCAGUCCCAUGGAGCCUGGCAGGCAACUCCUCCAUGAUCUGAACCCCGUUACCUUGACAGCCCUGCCUGGCCUCCCCUCUCAUGGCCCAGCCACCCCAGAACCUGAAGAGGUUUUCUAGCUGCCGUGCAUUUGUCAGGCCGGGUUACCCACCCUACUUUUCCUGCCUGCCCUCCAGUGCUGCCAAGCCCAGUGUGCCAGCCAGCACUCAGCCUUCUGUAAAGGGUUCCCCUCUCCCAACCUGACCUCCUGGAAAGCUGGAGCAUAACUGCCUCUCAAUAAACGUGUUGCGAAAAAGGAGUGGAUGAGUUGCUGUGCAUUUGUCUAGGGGGUGCUUGACCCAAGAGACUCCCCUUUGCCCAGUGCCCGGAGAGGGCGUCCACUGAGAAUCUGGGGUGCCUUCUGGCCUCCCCUUCCCAGCUCUGCCGUGGUCUUGGGAUUCUGUGGGCGGUCGCUGCUGCCCUCUGGUGGUCAGACCGUGCCUUCCUUGCUGCGGCUGAGAACCUUGACCAUGGAACUGCCAGGUUGGCGGUUUUCCUCCACGAAGUGAGGUUUACAUGAGCCUUGCCGAGAUCUUGAAAACUGGGAGUCUUUGGGGUGGGAUCGCCAGCAAAAAGAUCUUGAGUCCUGCCAGCCCCUAUCUGAGGAAACUACGGAAGGUCACUUGCCCCCAACUAUGCUGCUGUUGAGGUUUUGUUAGAAAUGGGCUCUUCUACCCCAGCUGGUAGGAUCCCACUCUCGGCCAUGCUCCCGUGCCUAUCUGCCGUGGAGCAGCUCCAGGGAGGUCCCUCUGCCACCCUAUCCACUCACCUGGCUGGUGCAGAGGGCAGUCAUCCUGCCCGGGGUGAGGGGUAAGACCCGGGUGAUUCAGCCAGCAGCCCUGAUAGCACUACCUACAGUAAGUGCUCAACAAAAGCUGUUUUGAUCAUGGGACGGGAGAGUUGGGGGGAUUCCUGAGAUGAAGGACAUGUGGCUGCUGGCAAGGAAACGCAUUUUCUUACAUUUCUAGAUGGGUGUGGGGUUAGUCUCCAAAGCUCAAGGAGAGGGAUCAAGCUGACUUCAACUAGAGCUACUCCAACCUGCCCCUCCCUGACGGCGUCUUGCGUGGUUCACGCCUCUGGCUCCUGUCGGAAGGAGGCGCCCGCCCUUCGUGGUUUGGGGCCAACCUGCGGCCGGCGCCGAGACUAUUGCCCGGCAGAGGGCGCUGGACGUCCACCCUGCAGCCCGGGGUCGGGGUGCGGGUAAGCGGAGUCCAGUCCCACACCCCGAACCCGCGUACACGCAGGGGUCCCUAGGCCAGGCGAGGUGGGCAGACACGACCCUCGCGUCAGCAUCUUCCCUGGGGCCACCGCAGCUACCUCCUGUGGGGAAACUGAGGCCAGAGGCGGACAUGCGCCAAGCCACGCCGCUGGGGCAGUGCAAAGUUGGGCUCUUCCCGGAGCUCGAGGCCUGGGGCUCCUCGAACCAGGUGCACAGCCAGCCAAUCCGGGAGGUCCUGUCUGGCCGCGCCGACCAAUCAGAGGGUCCCUGCCGUAGGCGGAGCCUGCCAAUCAGGGGCACCUGGAGUCGCUGGGCAGCCACGAUCGGGUCUCGCCGGCGAGGGGCGCGCCGUGACGCGCAGAGGGUGGCGGUGGGAUGGGGGUGGGAGCUUCCCUCGCAGCUAAGCCCCGUUUCUCCGGUGCCGCAGUAUCCCUGGGACUGAGGCUGAAUACUCACACCCAGGGCUGGGACCUUAGCAGAAAGGGAACUGAGGCUGGGAGGUCGGCCGGGAGGCUGCCUGGCGGAGGUGGUGCCGCUCUGAGUGGGCGGGGCUAGUUCCCGCCCCGCCCCGCCCCCGACCUCUUGGCUCCGCUAGUGCCGGGCGCGCAGCCGCCAGUGCUGCGGGCUCCGGGCUAUGGAUGCCCCCGGGGCCCCGGCCCCGACCGCCGCCCCCGGUCCGGGCAGGAAGGAGCUGAAGAUCGUGAUCGUUGGUGACGGCGGCUGCGGCAAGACCUCGCUGCUCAUGGUGUACAGCCAGGGCUCCUUCCCCGAGCACUAUGCCCCGUCGGUGUUCGAGAAGUACACGGCCAGUGUGACCGUUGGCAGCAAGGAGGUGACCCUGAAUCUCUACGACACAGCCGGGCAGGAAGACUAUGACCGGCUGCGGCCCCUGUCCUACCAGAACACCCACCUCGUGCUCAUCUGCUAUGACGUCAUGAACCCCACCAGCUACGACAACGUCCUCAUCAAGGUGAGGCUGGUCUCCUGGGUGGCGGCCCCACAUCUGGGCCCGGCCGCACCCCUGAUCCCCUGCCUCCUCCCUCCACAGUGGUUCCCUGAGGUCACGCACUUCUGCCGCGGGAUCCCCAUGGUGCUCAUUGGCUGCAAGACAGACCUGAGGAAGGACAAGGAGCAGCUGCGGAAGCUCCGGGCUGCCCAGCUGGAGCCCAUCACCUACAUGCAGGGCCUGAGCGCCUGCGAACAGAUCCGAGCUGCUCUCUACCUGGAAUGUUCCGCCAAGUUUCGUGAGAAUGUGGAGGACGUCUUCCGGGAGGCCGCCAAGGUGGCUCUCAGCGCUCUGAAGAAGGCGCAGCGGCACAAGAAGCACCGGCUCUGCCUGCUGCUCUGACCCAGGGCGGACAGACCUCACGACAGCACUGACAGGGGCCCCAGGUGCUGACUGCACCAGGGAGGCUGCCCCAUCCUGACCCUCCAGCUCACGGUGUCUGGGGCCUGCAGCUAGACUCUUGGAACAUUCUGGAACUCUCUCCUUUCCUGAUUGGGGCUCUGACCACAAACUCCCCUCCAGGCUAACCCUGGGACAGGGUGGUGAUGUGGGUGCAGGAGCCAGUGUCUGUUCUCGGGACUCGGAAGGGCCCUCAUCACAGCCACCCCCACCAUGAGUGUCUUCCCAGUGCAGACUCAAGUUAUGCUUGAAAUGAAAAAGUCCAUCUGGUGGUGGGUAAACAUGGACCUGGCACUGUUCCACGCAGGCGCCCCAAGCCUGCCACUCCUGUGUCCCCACCUCCCUGGGCUCCCGAGAUAGGCACCGCUGUAUCCUCCAGCUCCUUCCUUCCUUCCCCCAGGAACACGGGGGCCACCAAGGGGGCUGGGCCUAUCAGGAGAACACAGGCUGCAGCCCGGUGGAGGGGCUGGCACCCACCCCUCCCAUCUCCACCCCACAUGGAAGACUUGUCUUCAGCUUGGCCACUGUCUUUGCAGAGCUGGGCACAUGUGCCCAGGGGGCAGAAAAAACGGCUUCUCAGUUGUUAAAAGUAUACCCUGGACCACCCAUCUGACCAUCUCUUCAAGGUCUCAUCACCAGGACAGGACUGGCCCAUUUAGUCCUCAAGCGCCACUUCUACCAGCCUGUGGAGUUCAGGAGGCGAGACACCCCAGCCUCCUAUGAGAACUGAUGGGAUCUACCCUCUGUCCGCACAGGACUUUCUCAGAACUGGUUCACAGACCACCUGUGUCACCAACAGCCAGAUACCUAAUCCCCGAGUCUCCUUUGGGAAGGUCUGGGGUCGAGGGUCUGGGAAUUUUUUUUUUUGGGACAGAGUCUCGUUCUGUCGCCCAGGCUGGAGUCCAGUGGUACGGUCUUGGCUCACUGCAAGCUCCACCUCCUGGGUUCAAGUGAUUCUCUAGCCUCAGCCUCCUGAGUAGCUGGGAUUACAGGCAUGCACCACCACAUCCGGCUAAUUUUUUUGUAUUUUUAGUAGAGACGGGGUUUCACCAUAUUGGCCAGGCUGGUCUCGAACUCCUGACUUUGUGAUCCACCCGCCUUGGCCUCCCAAGUGCUGGGAUUACAGGCAUGAGCCACUGCACCUGGCCCAGGACUUUUAAAACAAGUAUCCCAGGGGAUUCCGGUGCCUACCAGAGGUCACAAGCUGCUUGGCUCUGGAGUGCACCUAGGAUUGGGUGCCGCCUAAGAUGGGAUAACGGCUUCAGGCGACUCCUAGCCUUCCCGGUAUCUCUUGCCUUGGCCCCCCUGGCCCAGUGCUGGGGUGUCAGCUAAGCCUGAGAAGUCAGGUCACCAAAGGAAGAAGCCUUCUGAGAGCCUCCCCACCCCACCCAGGUUCCCAAGGCCCUGCUGUCCCCUGGGGAAUCAACCAAGGAGCUCUUGUUCUCAAAGAACCCACGGCCUCGUGAUGGUCUAAGGUAGAGGUCCGAAAACUACAGCCUGUGGGCCACAUCUGGCCACAGCCUGAUGUGUAAAUAAAGUUUUAUUGGAACACAGC